AUGAUGAUCAGAAUCAGAAGCCGCGACGGCCUUGAGCGCGUCUCGGUCGACAACCCCAUCGCCGCCACCGUCGGCCACCUCAAAUCCCAAAUCCAGUCCCAACUCCGUGUCCCAAUACCGGCCCAAACCCUCUCCACAGACCAAACCCUUCUCCUCGCCAAGAACCCUUCCGACUGGACCCGAUUCGUUGACAUGGCCGACGCGAACACCCCACUCUCCUCCCUCUGUCUCGCCCACGGCUCCAUCGUUUACUUAGCCUACGAGGGCGAGAGGGCCGUCGCCGGGCCGGCCUUCCACCCCGCCGGCUCCUUCGGCAAGAAGAUGACCAUGGACGACCUGAUCGCGAAGCAGAUGAGGGUCACGCGCCAGGAGAAUCCCCACUGUGAGCUCGUCUCCUUCGACCGGGACGCCGCUAAUGCCUUCCAGCACUACGUGAACGAGACGCUGGCGUUUGCAGUCAAGCGGGGCGGGUUCAUGUACGGCACGGUGUCCGAGUCGGGGAAAGUCGAGGUGGAUUUCAUCUACGAGCCCCCACAGCAGGGUACUGAAGAAAAUUUGAUACUCUUAAGGGAUCCGGAUGAGGAGAAAAUGGUGGAGGCCAUAGCAUUAGGGUUGGGAAUGAGGCGGGUCGGGUUUAUAUUCACGCAGACCAUUAGUCAGGACAAGAAGGACUACACGAUGUCCAGAGUCGAGGUUUUGCAGGCGGCCGAGCUUCAGGCGGAGGGUGAUUUGAAGGAGUGGGUCACUGCCAUUGUGAAGCUGGAGGUGAACGAGGAUGGUGGGGCCGAUGUACAUUUCGAGGCUUUUCAGAUGAGUGAUAUUUGUGUGAGGCUGUUUAAGGAAGACUGGUUCGAACGGGAUGUGCUGGAGGAUUUGGAUCCCAAGCUUUCGAGGAUGAAGAAGGACGUGGUGGUCGGGGUAAAGGACACGAGGGAUGUGGAUAACGAUUUCUUUUUGGUAGUUGUAAAGAUUUUUGAUCAUCAGGGCCCACUUUCUUCGACAUUUCCAAUCGAGAACAGGAUAACCCCUUGGACGAUGAGGUCAUUGAAAACUCACCUCGAUCGUGCGAAAAAUCUGCCGUUCGUGAAGAGGAUUUCUGAUUUCCACUUGCUGCUUUUGCUUGCGAGGUUCUUAGACGUGAAUGCUGACGUGCCGGCUUUGGCCGGGUGUGUGAGGGUACAGGCAACUGUGCCUGAGGGUUACCAGCUGCUGAUCGAGUCCUUAGCCAGUGCCUCUUGA